AUGCAGCGGCUUCGGUUGAACGAGGCUCAUGCCGUGUACCUGGGGCAGCUCGCCCGAAAAGAUGGGACCCGGAGGGGGAUUCUAAGCAAGAGGAGCUCGGAUAACAGCCGCUGGCAUAGCCGGUGCUUUUCGUUGCUUCACAACCUGCUUUUUUGCUUCGAGAAUGAAUCCAGCGGCCGCCCGUGUGGACUGUACCUGCUCGAGGGAUGCAGCUGCGAGCGAGGGGCCAAGGGGGGCCCGGAUAGACAGUAUUAUUUUAUCAUCAACUUUAAUCAUGAGAAUCAGAAACCUCUGGAGCUGCGGACAGAGGAUUCCAAGGACUGUGACGAGUGGGUUACAGCUAUAUCACAUGCCAGCUACAAGACUCUGGUGACCGAGCAUGAAGCUUUGAUGCAGAAGUAUCUGCAUUUACUGCAGAUUGUGGAAACGGAGAAGAAGGUGGCCAAGCAGCUAAGGCAACAAAUAGAGGAUGGAGAAGUAGAGGUGGAACGUCUGAAGUCUGAGAUUGCUUCAUUACUGAAAGACAAUGAACGAAUCCAAUCAACACAAAGCUCAGCCUCAGCUGAUGACGUUGACAUCAGGAAAAUAAAGAAGGUGCAAAGCUUCCUGCGUGGUUGGCUGUGCCGCAGGAAGUGGAAAAGCAUCAUCCAGGACUACUCAAGGUCUCCUCAUGCAGACAGUAUGCGCAAGAGAAAUCAGGUGGUGUUCAGUAUGCUGGAGGCGGAGGCUGAGUAUGUGCAACAGCUGCACAUUCUGGUCAAUAAUUUCCUAAGACCUUUACGCAUGGCGGCCAGUUCCAAAAAACCACCGAUUACACAUGACGACGUCAGCAGUAUCUUUCUUAACAGUGAAACCAUCAUGUUUUUGCACCAGAUCUUUUACCAGGGGCUGAAGGCUAGAAUAUCAAGUUGGCCAACAUUGGUCCUUGCUGAUUUGUUUGACAUCCUUCUGCCCAUGCUGAAUAUUUACCAGGAGUUUGUGCGGAAUCAUCAGUACAGCUUGCAGAUUCUGGCUCACUGUAAACAAAACCGAGACUUUGACAAAUUGCUCAAGCAAUAUGAAGCCAAACCAGACUGCGAGGAGCGCACGCUGGAAACCUUCCUCACGUAUCCAAUGUUCCAGAUCCCCCGAUAUAUCCUCACCCUGCAUGAGCUGCUUGCACACACUCCCCAUGAACAUGUGGAAAGGAACAGCCUUGACUACGCUAAAUCUAAACUGGAGGAACUUUCUCGAAUUAUGCACGAUGAGGUCAGUGAGACAGAAAAUAUCCGGAAGAAUCUGGCCAUUGAGAGGAUGAUUGUUGAGGGUUGUGAGAUCUUACUGGACACUAGUCAGACAUUUGUGAGACAAGGUUGCCUUAUUCAGGUACCCAUGUCAGAGAAGAGCAGGGUAACAAGGGGACGCCUUGGAUCUCUGUCUUUGAAGAAGGAAGGGGAGCGUCAGUGUUUUUUAUUCUCCAAACACCUUUUGAUCUGUACUCGAAGCUCUGGGGGUAAACUGCACCUCACCAAGAAUGGGGUGGUGUCACUUAUGGACUGCACAUUACUGGAGGAUCAGGACGAUGAUGAUAACAGACCCCCAACACAGGAGGGAGAUCACUUAGACUUCAAGAUCUCAGUGGAGCCAAAAGACUCUCAGCCCUUUGUUGUAAUCCUUCUGGCCUCAUCCCGACAGGAAAAAGCAGCAUGGACAAGUGAUAUCAGCCAGUGUGUGGAUAAUAUUCGGUGUAACGGUCUGAUGAUGAAUGCAUUUGAGGAGAAUUCCAAGGUCACAGUGCCACAAAUGAUUAAGUCGGACAGUAGCCUGUACUGUGAUGACGUGGAUAUCCGCUUUAGCAAGACGAUGAACUCAUGCAAGGUUCUUCAGAUACGAUAUGCAAGUGUAGAGCGAUUAUUGGAGCGUCUCACUGACCUGCGGUUUCUGAGCAUCGACUUCCUGAACACGUUCCUCCAUUCAUAUCGUGUUUUCACCUGUGCUGAUAUUGUACUGGAAAAACUCAUGGCUAUCUAUAGGAAACCAGUUAGUGCAAUUCCUGCAAGAUCCUUGGAACUUCUCUUUGCAAGUAAUCAAAAUAAUAAACUUCUUUAUGGGGAGCCCCCAAAAUCUCCCCGUGCAACAAGAAAGUUCUCAUCACCACCUCCCCUAUCCAUCACAAAAUCCUCAUCACCAAGUCGGAGGCGCAAGUUGUCUCUUAACAUCCCAAUUAUUACUGGAGGAAAAGCUCUGGACCUUGCUGCUCUUGGCUGCUCGCCCAAUGGUUACUCAAAUACUUGCCCACCACCUCCACCAUACAGCAAAACCACCCUGGAUAUUAACAAACUCUAUGUGUCUGGGAGCUUCCCUGGAAAAGUUGGAGAGGGGGAAGAGCCUCCAGCAGAAAAAGAUGAAGAGCCAGGGAUUCAAAGACAGAACUCUGAAGUUUCCACCAGAGGAGAUUCGGACAAUGAACAGACGCAAAGUGAUGAGGCUGAAACGGAUACGUCCCCUACCCGAUCACCAACCACUCCAAUUUCACAGCGUGGACGGAAUUCAGCAGAUUUUACCCUCUUCUCUUAUAAUAACGGGAUUGUAAUGACUUCCUGUCGAGAACAUGACAGUAGCAGAAGCAACUUAUCAGCAGCCUCUGCCUUCGCUAUAGCAACUGCCGGAGCCAAUGAGGGCACCCCGACCAAAGAGACAUAUAGACGGAUGUCUCUUGCUACAGCAGGUUUCCCAUCGGAUCAAAGGAAUGGUGACAAAGAAUUUGUAAUCAGGAGAGCAGCAACAAACCGUGUGCUGAAUGUACUGAGACACUGGGUGUCCAAGCAUGCACAGGAUUUUGAGACAAAUCUUCAUCUGAAGACAAAAGUCAUCAGUUUCCUGGAAGAAGUUAUACAUAAUCCAGAGUUACUUGCCCAGGAGAGGAAAGCAGCAGCUAAUAUUAUCCGGACUUUGACACAGGAGGAUCCAGGGGACAGCCAAGUUACACUGGAAGAAAUUGAGAGUAUGCUGGUAGGAGGUCUGGUGGAGCCAUUUGAGUCUCUCUCUGCCCUGGAGGUAGCGGAGCAGUUGACUUUAUUGGAUCAUCUAAUCUUCAAAAAGAUACCAUAUGAAGAGUUUUUUGGUCAAGGUUGGAUGAAGACUGACAAGAAUGAGAGGACCCCAUACAUCAUGAGUACAAGCAAACACUUCAACCAUAUGAGUAAUUUGAUAGCUACAGAGAUUCUGCGCAGCGAGGAUCCAGCCCUCCGAGGAUCUAUUAUAGAGAAGUGGGUGGCAGUGGCUGAUAUUUGUCGCUGUCUCCAUAAUUACAAUGCAGUUUUAGAGAUCACUUCAUCGCUAAACCGCAGCGCCAUCUAUCGGCUUAAGAGAACAUGGAUCAAGGUUUCUAAGCAGACAAAAACCCUCAUUGACCGACUCCAGAAGUUGGUGUCAUCUGAAGGCCGAUUUAAGAACUUGAGAGAGGCACUGAAGAACUGUGACCCUCCCUGUGUACCAUAUCUGGGAAUGUAUCUGACAGACUUGGCAUGUAUAGAGGAAGGAACACCAAAUUACACAGAAGACAGUCUUGUCAACUUCUCCAAAAUGAGGAUGAUUUCACACAUCAUCCGAGAGAUUCGUCAGUUUCAGCAAACUUCCUACAAAAUUGAUCAUCAGCCCAAGGUGACACAGUAUCUUCUAGACAAAUCCGCAGUGCUGGAUGAGGAGGGUCUUUAUGAAGCUUCCCUGCGCCUGGAGCCCAAACUCCCCACCUGA